AAUUUUCACCAGGUUACUCGACACACACAUAUUGCUUCUUGCACGACGUAUCAACUCAACCAUGAUUUUGAAAUUAGUUACUUUUUGGACAAUACUUUGUGCCCUGACAGACAUAACUUUAUCUUUAUCAUUAAUACCCACAAGCACGGAAACCACUGAAUUCUUCUCAGACUCAACCGUGACACCUGUUACGCGACAAGAGGAUGUUUCUUUCACUACAGAAAUUAACCCUUUACCGGAUAAACUCAUUAAUAAUGAUGCAAUGGAUUCAGUUCCAAAAGUUGAAUCAAGCAUUGUUGCUGGUGGUGAACAAGGCGAAGAUGAACGUGCGCGAAGAAUAGAACGCAUCAAGAAACGGAGGUUGGAGUAUGAAAGUAGGGAAAGACAGCAAGCAAUUUCGGAUUCUAUUAAGAAAUAUAUAAACAAUGAUCGACCUGUAGUUCCUACAAUUCACAACUCGGGAGGAUUUGGUUUCAUCAGUUAUCAAAGCGGUUUCUAUGGUCGCAGACGGGGACGCUAAUUUUAAUUGAUGUGCGUAAUAUGUUGGCAUGUAUAAGUUAUUGUACGUAAUGAAAUAAUAAAGUAUUUUACGUUGAAUCUUGCACCAAA